AAAAACAUUGGUGCGCACGCAUGAAAUCUUUGGCAUUCGCAACGUGUUUAGUGUUUUUGUAUCUUCGAACUUUCUUCAGUUGAUAAUUCAUUCAUUUUACAAUCAAUUUUAACUUAUUUGAGUAGAAAUACAGACAAUUCGUGUGUUCAAUGAAGCUAGAGGUAUAUUUGUAGCUGCGGGUUACGUUCCUACAAUUGGAAUUCAAUGGAUUCAAAAGUUGAUGGUUAUGAAGUGCGGCGGGUCGAGUGGUUGGAGCGCUUGGAUAGAGCCGGCGGAUCACUAGAAGUACUGCAGAUAUGCCAGGAUAUCUGCAACUUGGUCGAACGGCGAACAAGUGCCGAGAAAGCGGAACUCGCAGAAGUCCCACCGGGAUCAGCGGUAUGGGGCACCCGUUUGUAUCUAAAUAAUGAGCUGCUGAUACGCUUGAAAACAAUUCUAGAGAGUCCAAAAAGUACUUUCGUCCAGAGAAGGAUUAUAUCAAAAUCGUUGUUCAAAAUCUACGCUCACAAUUUUCGGUAUUCACGAAUGGUCUUCCCCGUGGAAGGUGUACUUCCCAAUGGCGCUAUGAUGUCGGAAAAUACGAUCGCAAUUUACGGAAUGAUAUUCUCGGGAUUUCUCGCAGUAACCGGGACAGACAAUGUGGCAGGAAUUGCCAUUCGGAAUUUUGAACUAUUUCAAACUAUGGGCUGUUAUAGUAACUGUUUCAACACGCUGGCGGAGAAUACCAUAGCUUUGCAAAGAAUGGCUUGUUACGAUAAAUUCUUCACUGAAAGACAGGACAGGAUAUGGCAUAUAGUACUGCUGAAUCUAGAAUCUCCAUACAAAGGAACGAGGGAGUAUAUGCUGGGAAUACUCAAGAAUCUAUUGAAUGAUGAUAAGUUUGUUCGGGUGGUUGUUUUACCUACUAUACUCAAAUGGAGCUGGAUGAAUCGCAAUAAACUUCAUGUGCUGAUGGCUCUCCUGGGCAGAUAUCGCUUGGAUUUAUUGGAAGAAAUGAGUAACGAAAGAAUCAAUCUGUACCAAGCAUUGGAAUUAUCUCUGCACUACAAACAUCUGUUUUCCGGAAGCCAAGGAAUAGUUAGAGUGCUUCAAAAGCAGCAAGAUGAUUGCAUCUUUCAAUUGCAAGUGAAAAUACUACAAGAAGGAAAUAUUGAAUUAGUGCGCACAAUGAUAAAACAGUGGUUCUCCAAUCUUACUGUGAGUGAUUUCAGAAAGCUAUUCAGAAUGAUGCAACUUGAUCAACUAAAAGUCGGCGAAAAUCGAAAGUUCAUGCCUGUUUAUUUGAAAGAGAACAAUUACGUAAAGUUUUUUCAAUACAUGAACCUAUUCAGGAGAGAGUUCCAAUCAUCUAAAGACUUGAACAUCCUGCUAGUACUUUUGCUACAAAUUACUACCGAGAUCAACCUGGAUUACUCGUCGAUUGCGUUGUUGAUUGAAACUCUUGUACAUCAUAUAAUAACUCCGAAUGCAAACAUUCAUCCAUCGACAAGUGUGUUCUACAUCUUUAAACUGAAGGAGUACAUCCUUCAGCAACUGGGAGUGCCAUCGGUUCACGUUAGCAAUACAAUUGUUACGCAGUGCACAAAACUUUUGAGUCAUAUUGCAACACUUUCGCUGGAACGCUAUGAAUCCAACGAAGAUGCGUACGGAAUCGUAUCCGAACUGAUGGGAUCCUCGGUAUUUCACCAGCAUUUGCAAAAGCAAUCCACCAGCAACUACCAUGCCGUCAUCACCAGCCUUCGCAUGUUCCAAUCAUUCGCUUCGCUCUUCCUAGAAUUCACCGCAGCUUCACCGUACCGGUUGCAGGAAAAAGAAUCAACGACAACAAAUCAAACCACCCAUCUACUGCCGGUAGAGUCGGACACAUUCUACGACAUGAUUUACGGAGUAGAGCAUCUUUUGACGUCAGAAUUCGACGAUGUAAAAAUGACGGCCCUUAAAUUGUUGUACAACAAAAAUUUCGGGUACCAUUAUGGACCGGCUUUGCAGGGAAAGCUAUCGCUGAUUUAUUCUUAUAGCACUCCCUCUGCCAUACUGGAAGCCAUGAUCAGUUUCUACGACGAAGCGCACACCGCUCUACUCACAUCACUCCGCGAUCACGAACGAGACUUCUUUGCUAUGAUGAAGAACGACUGCCAGCUAUACACGCACAUCGACAUAAUCAAUGAGGCAUUUUUUGGCUAUCCGGAAUCUCGCAACUUGAAAAUACUGGAGGGCAUCAAGGCGUUCCCGGGUAUGCUGCUCUUGGUGAACCGAGUGGUAGAAUUCGUACUACGAUCGUUCAACUGUGCCAAAUCGAAGGAAGAGCGACAAAUGAUCGGUUCUAGCUUCGAAAUUAUGGACAACAGUUUCCAUUUGCUUUUAGAUCGGUCAUCCCAACGUUCCACCAAUUUAGCGAUUGAUAAGAAAACAAUGCUCAAAGCUUUGUGGAAGGCACUCCAUGCAGCAGCUUCUUUUUUGGAAAACUAUGCCCUCUGGGUAUUGGACAACUACAAAACCCGGCUCGACACUGUGCAGCAACUUUCGAUCUGUUUGCGAGCAUUUGUGAUGAUCUUACUGAAUUGUUGCCAUCGGGGGGCGGUUGAAGUAACCGGAGUUGCGUUUGGGAAGGUAAUCAGAAAGAUUGCCGCAUUCAAGGAACGACUGGUAGUACGUAACGAUCAUCGCAACCGUCAGGCUAAACAGAUAGUAGAACUAGCAGAGAGGAUGUUCCGUGUUUUGGGUCGAUUGGAUCUACGGGACAACGAUUUCAGGCGAUGCCGAGGUUAUCUGUGGCUGAUCCACAGUUUCAUCAAAUCAGAUUUGAACAACAAUGCCGAACGAUCAUACCUGAGGAUCUACAUAGAGAUCAAUCGUCUACCACUAUACCAACCAACCAUGACUGUGGAGGCCAUUGAAAAAAUCUCUGUCAUUCAACUGCAUCAACUGAACAUGAUGGUCCGAGAGGCAACUAUGAACGAAAUCAUCCUGGAGUACAUCGAUGAUCUUAUGAUGAUCGCAUUGGAACGAUUCAAAUCAACCGAUUGGCCGAUCCGUAACGCAGCUCUUCAACUCUACUCAUCUAUAGUUACCAAAUUGGUAGGGCAGCGUCAGCAGUGUUCUGAUUCGGACUGCAAUUGGCUUCCUGUUUACGUGUCCCUCAACGAGCUGAUCUUUAAGCUAGUCAAGACGAACAAAUACAUUUUGAAGGAACUUCGUUCUACUGAACGGGUGUCGACACCAUUCCUGAUACUGGUUCUGGAGUUUCUCUCUAAGGUUGAGUAUCGCUGCUACAAUGUACUUGGGCAGAAGUCAAUCAUCGCAGAGUAUAGAGCAAUGAUGUGGCGCUACCUGCGGCACGAGAACGACCAGGUUCGUACACUUGCGGCAACCUGUUUCACACAACUUCAUGAUUUCUACGAAGAGAUACCUCGCCUAAUGGAGAACCUCAUAAUAUGUUUCUUCACGGCACGAAAAAACGAAAAUUUCCGCUACGGUUUACUGAAGGUGAUACAUUUCAUGGUACGGAAACGUAUGACGAACGCACGCUUGGUAUUCGGAAAGGAAUUUAAUGGCGAGGAAUACCUGGUACAAAUGAGGCAAUAUAUUGUUAAGUAUUGUGUGCUGGACGAUGGCGUUAAAGCUAGCUAUCGCUUACGGUGCCAUUUACUAGACUUGUUGCUAUAUCUUGGCUUCAAGAAAAUGGAUGCCGUUGUAGUGGAUCAGGUGUUCAACAGAUUGGCGCAAAAUAAUUUUGGCUUGAACGUGUACUUGAUGAGAACGAAUGCUUUCUAUAACAGGGGAGAUAGUGCCGUGAAUAACGGCCAUGAUCGGAUUAUGGAGUAUGAGGUUAUUAUUGAAGGUGAUGGGAAAGAAGAAUGUUUAGAGGAUGACUGAAAUAUAUAAGACUUGGAAUCAACAUAAACAUAA